UAACUUCCUGUGACUUACGGGACUGGGGCAUAAGAUUGACAAGGAGAAUUUAUAUCAAAGAGUAAUCACUCUGGAGGUUUUUUUUUUACGUUAAGAGGAUCUCUUGUAACAUGCAGAUGUUUGCUGAGCUUGGAAUGAAGGCUUCAAGGAAUAAAUGCUUGCUCAUGUACAAGUUAUCCUACUGAGAGCUUGGAUGGGACUCCAGAAUGGAUUAGUAUCUGCAAUGAAACAAAAAAGGCAACAUUGAACAGAUGGAAUUGCUCCCUCAGACGAUCCAGAAUGGAACAGCUGUUACUGAAUUUAUCCUCCUAGGACUCACCAGCAACCCUGAAGCCCAACUCAUUCUCUUUGGGCUCUUUCUUGUCAUUUACUUGAUAGCCCUAAUUGGGAACAUUCUUAUUCUUCUCAUCAUCACCUUAGACAACAGACUUCACAAUCCCAUGUAUUUCUUCCUGGGCAAUCUUGCUGUGGUGGAUAUUGUGUUCACAACGUCCACGGUCCCCAAGAUGCUCAUGAAUUACCUCUCCCAGGACAAAAGAAUCUCCUUAGCUGGCUGCUUCUCUCAGUUGUAUUUCUUCAUCGGCUUUGGUGGCAUUGAGUGCCUUCUGCUGGGUGCCAUGGCAUAUGACCGGUAUGCAGCCAUUUGCCACCCAUUGCACUAUAGUGUGCUCAUGAGCCAAAAAGUGUGUGCCUCCCUUGCAGCAGCUGCUUGGAUUCUUGGUUUGUCUGACUCAGGUGUGCAUGCUGGCCUGAUGUCCCGUUUGUCCUUCUGCCAGGACAAUGUCAUCCAACACUUUUUCUGUGACAUCCCACCCCUAAUCCAGCUCUCCUGUUCUGACACUCAGGUCAAUCAAAUUGCUACCAUUGUGGUGGGUGGAAGUGUGAUCAUGGGUUCAUUCUUGGUUACUCUUGUGUCUUAUGUCUACAUAGUCCUGGCCAUUAUCAGGAUUCGCACCAAGGAAGGGCGUCUCAAGGCAUUUUCCACCUGCGCUUCACACUUGACUGUAGUCAACAUUUACUUUGGCACCAUCAUCUUCACAUACAUACGUCCCAACUCCACUUACUCCCAAAAGCAGGACCGGGCCUUGCCUGUGCUCUAUGGGAUCCUCACACCAAUGCUUAAUCCAAUCAUCUACAGCUUGAGGAAUAAGGAUGUGCAAGAAGCACUCCGGAAAGUCUUGCGAAGGACUUAACACAGGAUGAAGCACUGAGUUCUCAUGACCCAAAUAACUGUCUGUGCCUUUCUUUAUAUGGGCAUUCUUCAUUCUUCAUGACAUCAAAUGGUAACCAUUGUUUUGCUUGGAAAGCCAAUGACUGGGCACAUUAAAGUAUUAAACAAUAUCUACAAUGCUAAUGUUGUCAUUUACUAGC